AGCGGAGUGCGCAUGUGCCGCAGCUCUCCACAAUCUAGGGAUGCGUUUCUCUUCAUAAAACGAUGAACAAACUCCUGGAUAGCUGUUCUGUGAAUCCGGCCCCCCUCUCGAGUCUCCUGUGAGUGUGAUGGCAACCACUGACGAGGUCACGGUGUCCAUGGGGGAGGUGGUAAUGGUAAAGGCUGAUGGAGAGGGCGACCCCGAUGACCCUAACAAGACUCAGGUCAUCCUCCAGCUCCAACCAAUCACCACUGGAGAUGAAUCUGCUGAAACAGAUGCAGCUGUCAUGGCCGUUGAAGCACAUCCAGAACAAACUGAGGGAGAUGAUGUGGAAAUCGGCUGUCCCAUAACAUGCGGCGACAGUAAAGCUGUGUUGCUAGUGAAGAAAUUUGUGUGCCCAGGAAUCAAUGUAAAAUGUGUGAAGUAUGAAGACCAGCUCAUCAGCCCCAAGCAGUUUGUGCACAUUUCUGGAAAAGCCACUCUGAAAGACUGGAAGAGAGCCAUCAGGAUGGGUGGAGUCAUGCUAAGAAAAAUGAUGGAUUCGGGUCAGCUUGACUUCUACCAGCACAGCACACUGUGUACCAACACAUGCCGCAGCACCAAAUUUGACCUUCUCAUCAACAACACACGGUUUCCUCCUGAUGGAAAUAGACUGAACACUCCCACAUCCUCUCAAGCUCAGGUGGUUCUGGGUAAUGGCGGGGCAGUGGGCGAGGACAGACCAGAAGUUCUGAGUGGGAAGGUGGACUGGAGCUCCGGCUCACUGGAGUCUGCAGACAAGAAGGAAUCCAAUGAGAUCUCAGAGGACACGCUGAACUUCUGGAAGGGUAUUGCUGAUGUGGGCUUGCUGGGUGAAGUGGUGACCAACAUCAGCACUGAGCUGCUGGAGCUGCUGAACGGCGUGCGGCAGCUGAAGGAUCUGGCUGCCUUACAGGACACAGAUUCCUGUCUGGUAGAGGUGGCGGUGCUCAGUAACCUCGCCCAAGUGUUCGGCCUGCUCGACUCAGUCAAGAAGAUCCUGGAGAAGAGGAAGCAGCAGACGGAUCCCAGCCAGGAGCAGAUCCUCAGCACACUCAGCAACCUGGAGGUGCAGUUGGAGGAACAGAGGAAGCAGCAGCAGGUGCGAGCUCUUCUCUCCUGCCCACAGCCUGCCAAAAACAAAACUCCAACCAAACGCCAGACCAAGCGGCCUCGUCUCCAGAGGCCCGCAUCCACCACCACCCUCCUGACUUCCCCCAUCAACCAGCAGGCUGCCUUGCAGCCCCAACAGUUCACUGUUCUUUCACCCAUCUCUCUGUCCUCUGUGGGUCAGCCGUUCACCGUGACAGGCCUGCCCAUUGCCUCCCUUGCCCAGUCCUCCAACACAGUCACCUUGCUGCCCGCUGGCUCGCAGCUCUUCACCCGCUACAUGGUGACUGGAGACGGAAAGGCGGACACCAUCACCUUGCACCCGUCCUCUGGCCUCACACUGGUCGGCACCACCGCUGUGCAGGACUCCGGCCAGCUGGGCACAGUGGUGAGCCCCGUAGAGCUGGUGCACCUGAGCCAGCAGCCCGGCAGCACAGAGGUGGUGCCCAUAGAAGGCCAGGUGGUGGACGGCACCAUGCUGGUGCAGCAGGAGAUGAUGCAGGGCGAGGUGGACGCUGGCCAGGAGCACACGGUCAUUGAGAUCAACCCUGCUCCAGUGGAGCAGGCGGUGGGGGUGAUGGAGCUGCAACUGACCGGGGAGUCAGGCAGAGACGGGGCCGCCAUGGUUGUCCAGAGCGGGAUGGAGGUGACAAUGGCUGCGGAGGGGGAGGAGACACAGUGCCAAAUGCAGGAGGGGCAGACUGAAGGGGUUCAGGGGCUGCAGCUGGAUGCCAGCGGACAGUUGUCAGGUGUUCAGAUAGUGGUGAUAGAAGACAAUACUCAGGAAGAAAACAAGGUGAAAUGAGACACACCUCGUAUUUUAUCCAGCAAAGCAGGUAUGAACUCGUACUGAGCUAUCACAGACUUGUGAAACUGUAAAUACACCAAAUUUCCAAAUCCACAGAUUGACUUGGCCUAAGACCAAGCACUAGGGUAGCCAUUUUUCCUUUUUUGGUGUGUAUGUGUAUGUGUGUGUGUGUAUGUAUGCGUGAGCAUGUGUGUGUGUGCUCUUCUCAACUUCUUGUUGAUUUUUAUUGAAACAAAGAAUAUAAGGUAUGCUCCUGUUUGAUUUGUAUUUAAAGGAUAGUUCUGGUGUAUUAUACCUUGGGUUUUGUUUUUCUAGUUUUGGCCAUCGUUUCUGUCUGCAAUAUUAAAACUGUACCAAGUGCUGAGAUCUGAGAAAAGAAUUAUCCAGACUGUCUCCUGUAAACAUCCAUCACAGUUUACCGACUGACUUUGUGGUUCAGCUCUGGCAUACUCUGCUGACUGUAUUUCAAUUCACAUGACUUUAAAAUAUAGUGACAGGUUUUUACCAACAUUUCAGGUGUACCCACUUUUGCCAAAAAAAAAAAAGUGAAUAAUGAUUACAUAACACUGAACUGAUUUGGAUCUAAAGUAUGUCAUCAGCACACAAGGUUGUCUGUCUGCACCUGCUUAGAUCCAUUCGAUGCUCCUGUAACCAGCCGGCUACCGUCUAAAAAGAAAAAUAUGGAAAGUUUGAGGAGGAGUUUGACAGAGCUGGACAGAAGGUGGGUGAGAUAAAAGGCCUAAUAUGUGUGUAUACGUGUGUGUGUGUGUUUUUUUUGUUUAAUCCAAACAUUCAGCAUACUUAGUGGGGAUUCAGACUGAAAACAGCCCGGUGUUCCACAGAGGGCUCAGUUGGUGGGGGUGUGUUGUUGUUUAAGGCACAGACAGUAACAGAUUGCGUUUAAAGGCUUAUCAGAUUGUAAAACACUGCUCUACAGUUUCUAAUACUCCCAGACAGGACUUUACAACUCUUGAAAGUUAUCGAGACGGCAACUAUUUUCUCUUUCAUUGUGAUGAUGGUGAGGUAAAACGGUAGACGUAUGGCACUCACGUUACAAAGUCAUCCACCGGGAAUGUUUACCUGCUUGUACUUCAUUGCCCCUCGUCAAUGACAUUUUAUUAUGUUGCAGCGAAAGUUGAGCCAGGUUUGACUCUUUGCUGAAGCCCUGUGCGAUAGCGUCCCCGCUGCACUGAUGGAUGGGCUCAUUCUAAUCAUAGGGAGAGGGGUGCAAGUUUUUUUUUCGAUGCAACAUUCUUUGGUGCAAAAGAAGUUGAGAACCUCUGAUUUAGAUAACUGAACGUUCAGUUUGCUCACACCCUGGCUCACGUUGUGUUCCCAGAUCUCAGUUAUCACAUUGCUUGGUGUAGUUGUGUCAUUACUGAUUAAAAAAAAAAAACGAUGGCCAAAACCUAGAAAAUGAGACCAAAGUUGUAACAGAACACAGUUG